GCAACUCUAAUCCAAGGGUCAAAAUCGCUGACAGAUAGCCUAUAAAUGUGCAAACCCUAAACCCUUGAUACCUCUCUCUCCCCCGCUGUUCCCUGCUUCUAACUGCCUUCAACUUGUGUUGCGGCAGCAGAGCAAAACAGCCCCCACCGCCACCUCCGCCCCCACUCUCGACGGCCGCGCACACAGAAAAAUACUACACACAACCUCAUAUUUUCCUACUACUUAUACAUACAGAAUAUAUAUCUAUCGACUGAGAUGCCUUCUGUUGUUAUGGCUGAAGCUCAAUCCGCCGACAAGAAGAAGAUCAUGAAGAAGUCCGAAGUUGCGGAGAUGGAGCUGGUUGAGGAGAAGUCCGCUGAGAGAAAGAUCAAAAAGGAGAAAAAGUCGAGCAAAAAGACCAAACUGACCUCGGAGCCUGACCUCGAUGGUUCUAAUUCCAAUAUCUCUGUCAAAAUUAAAAAAGAAAAGAAGCGGAAGGCUUUGGAAAUCGACGGCGAUAAUGAGGAGGAGAAGAGCGAUACCAGCUCGGAGAUGGGUGAGCCGAUGAACAGCUUGGCCAAGAAGAAGAAGAAGAUGAAAUUUGAGGACGGACACGAAGAGGAGGAAAAAGAGGAGAACCCCAAUGCUGUCUCCAAUUUCCGAAUUUCGGCGCCGCUCAGGGAUAACUUGAAGGCCAAGGGUAUUGAGGCUCUGUUCCCGAUUCAGGCAAUGACGUUUGAUACCAUUCUUGAUGGUUCCGAUUUGGUGGGACGGGCCCGCACUGGUCAGGGUAAAACUUUGGCCUUUGUGUUACCUAUAUUGGAAUCGUUGACAAAUGGUCCUGCGAAAGCGUCAAGGAAGACUGGAUAUGGAAAGGCGCCUAGUGUUCUUGUUCUUUUACCCACAAGGGAGUUGGCCACACAGGUGGCUGCCGACUUUGAAGUUUAUGGUGGAGCUCUAGGGUUGAGUUGCUGUUGCCUGUAUGGGGGUUCUCCUUAUCAGGCGCAGCAGAAUCAAUUGAAAAGAGGUGUUGACAUAGUUGUUGGCACCCCUGGUCGCAUUAAGGAUCACAUAGAGAGGGGAAAUAUUGACUUCCGUUCCUUAAAGUUCCGAGUGCUUGAUGAGGCUGAUGAAAUGCUGAGGAUGGGUUUUGUUGAGGAUGUUGAGCUUAUCCUAGGCAAGGUAGAGGAUUCUAGCAAAGUGCAAACUCUUCUUUUCAGUGCCACUUUGCCGAUCUGGGUUAAGCAAAUAUCUUCCAAAUUUUUGAAACCAGACAAGAAAACUGCUGACCUUGUUGGUAAUGAGAAAAUGAAAGCCAGCACCAAUGUAAGGCAUUUUGUUCUUCCCUGCUCUGUAUCUGCAAGAGCUCAGCUUAUUCCUGAUAUCAUUCGCUGUUAUAGCAGUGGUGGUCGAACUAUUAUCUUCACAGAGACUAAGGAUUCUGCUUCGACACUUGCGGGUGUGCUUCCUGGAGCACGUGCGUUGCAUGGUGACAUACAACAGUCUACCCGUGAGGUAACUCUUUCUGCGUUCAGAUCGGGCAAAUUUUCUACGCUUGUGGCUACUAAUGUAGCAGCACGAGGGCUAGACAUUGAUGAUGUCCAGUUAAUUAUUCAGUGCGAGCCACCUCGUGAUGUAGAGGCGUACAUUCAUCGGUCUGGAAGAACAGGAAGAGCUGGGAAAAGUGGCAUCGCUGUAAUGCUUUAUGAUCCUAGGAUGUCAAAUUUUUCUAGGAUAGAAAGAGAAUCAGGUGUGAAAUUUGAACGCAUAAGUGCUCCACAGCCAUCUGAUAUAGCUAAAUCAGCUGGUGUUGAAGCUGCAGAAAAAAUCAAUGAGAUUUCUGAUAGUGUGAUUCCGGUAUUCAAAGCUGCUGCUGAAGAGCUACUCAACUCAUCUGAUUUAACCCCAACAGACCUACUUGCUAAGGCAUUGGCCAAUGCUGCUGGUUAUACUGAAAUUAAGAGUCGAUCACUUCUCACUUCAUUGGAGAACCAUGUUACUGUACUUCUCGAGUGUGGAAAGCCCAUCUUCUCACCAUCGUUUGCUUAUGGAGCUUUGAGGAGGUUUUUACCUGAAGAGAAGGUUGAAUCAAUUAAGGGUCUUUCAUUGACAGCAGACGGAAAGGGUGCUGUAUUUGAUGUAGCUGCCGAAGAUCUUGAUACUUUCCUUGCAGGGCAGGAGAAUGCUGCUGGUGUGAGCUUGGAAGUGGUGAAAAUUUUACCAAAUUUGCAAGAAAGAGAGCCAUCAAGAGGAAGAUUUAAUGGUGGCGGUGGUGGCCGUGGCUUUUCAGAUAGGAGAGGUGGUGGCAGGUUUUCUGGUGGUGGUGGGGGAAGAGGUAGAGGAUCAUUUUCUAGAGGUCGUGGCAACAGAAACAGCAAAUGGUGAGCAUUUGCCCGAGUCUACAACCAACCUAUUGGCAGAUGUAAUUGCCCAAGGGGCAUCAAAUUUUGGUGUUGACAACGAAUAAUAUUUAUUAUUAUUGUUUUUUUUUUUGUAUUAGUUUUGCAAAAUGUGGUUCUCGUAAUAUCUUUAUUCCUAUUUUUGGUCCCGUAUGUAGGUUUCUCAUUUAUGGUUUCAUGACUCAAACGCCUCAAUUACAAUAUAUUAAUUAUUUGAGAGUUCAUAAUGAUUUGAUUUUAUAUGAAA